CUAUUACAAAGGCAGAACAAAACAGCAUCAGCAGCCCACAUGACACUGCUUAGCUGUGAGAUACAGAGGGGAAUGUCUUUGUCUUCCCAGUUUUCUUCUAUUUUUUUUAUCCCUUUUACUUCUCCAAAGGCAAACACUUCUUGAACUAGCCAGCCCCCACUUUCUACUUUUCUUUUAUUUCUUUUGGGGUUGAAAAAACAGUGCAGAAAAUAAUGUCAUGAGUAUGUUUUCAUGCUUUUAGGCUGGAAAAGAUUGAUUCUUGGUGCCACAAAUACCAUAUCUCAAUAUUUAUCCAUUUUGGUAUCAGAUUAAGAAGGAAAAGACUGAUUCUUUGUGAAGAAGUUUACACAAAUUUUGACUAAAGUUACCAAAGAUUGAUUCUUUGUGAAGAAGUUGUUUUCAUUUGAGCUCUUGGAGUUGGAGUUUUCUUGUUUUUUAUUAAUUGUUGAAAAAUGGAUUCAUCUGAUAAAUUGUUUAAUAGGCAGAGAAGUCUUCAUCAGAUCCUUGGAGGAGGUUUUGUUGCUGAUGUUGUUCUAUGGAGGCGAAAAGAUGUGACAGUGGGAAUUCUUGUAGUAACAUUGUUUGCUUGGGUGGUGUUUGAGAUCUCUGGUUAUACACUUCUAUCAUUAGUCUCAAGUGUUCUCUUUCUGCUGUUUGCCAUUUUGUUUCUAUGGGCUAAAUCAGCUGCAAUUCUUAACAGACCAGCUCCACCUCUGCCGCAUUUGUAUCUCUCUGAAGAAAUGGUAAAUGAAGCAGCAUAUUUCAUCCGCAAUCACGUCAACAUGAUACUGUCAGUUUCUGAGGAUAUUGCCCUUGGUAAGGACACAAAUAUGUAUGUUAAGGUCUCCGCGGGGCUGAUGCUGGUAUCAGUCGUUGGGGGCUUGACAGAUUUCCUCACAUUGGGCUACACUAGCCUUGUGAUUGUUCUUACAGUUCCUGCACUCUAUGAGAAGUAUGAAGACCAAGUUGAUGCAUAUGUGUUAAUGGCAUACAGGAAAUUGUGGCAGUUGUACCAUAAAUUUGAUGCAGUGUGUGUUAACAAGGUUCCAAUAUUAAGUUUGGAAAAGAAGAAAUUAAGCUAAACCAUUUUCUCUGUUUUGUGUUAAAGUUUUCUCUUUCAACUUUUUUUUUAAAGAAGGGAUUGGGGUAAGGUUGUUUUGGGGUUUGUGGUUUCAAUAACCUUUGCCAUAUAUCUUGUUUUCUUUCCAUUCUUCUCUUUCUCGACGGAAGUGAAUGGCGAGCAAGUGUUCCGAGGGGCACCAAGAUAUGAGAGAUUGUAAUUUGCACAUAUAUCGUGUACAUCCAUGUAUUGAAUUGGAACCAAGACAAAAGAAGUAAAUCUUGCAAAGAAGAUCAUGCUUCUUUUUUACUCUUAAAUGGAUACGGAAGACUAGUUUGGGAUUGAA